UGAUCCCGGGCAGGGCGAGCCGGGAGGAAGCGGAGGUUCCGGACAGGGGUGAUCCGCGGAGGCGGCGGCGAUCGCGGGCACAGGCGAUCUGGGAGGCGGCGGCGGCGAUCCCCGGCGGCCCCACCAUGAAGCUCAUCAUCCUGGAGAAUUACUCGCAGGCCAGCGAGUGGGCGGCCAAGUACAUCCGCAACCGCAUCGUGCAGUUCGGGCCGGGCCCCGGGCGCUUCUUCACGCUGGGGCUGCCCACAGGCAGCACCCCGCUGGGCUGCUACAGCAAGCUGGUGGAGUAUUACCGCAACGGGGACCUCUCCUUCAAGUACGUGAAGACCUUCAACAUGGACGAGUACGUGGGUCUCCCGAGGGAUCACCCAGAAAGUUACCAUUCCUUCAUGUGGAAUAACUUCUUCAAGCACAUUGACAUCUCACCAGAGAACGUCCACAUCUUGGAUGGAAACGCCCCUGAUCUCCAGGCAGAGUGUGAUGCAUUUGAGGAGAAAAUCAAAGCAGCUGGAGGCAUCGAGCUCUUUGUUGGAGGUAUCGGCCCCGACGGCCACAUCGCCUUCAACGAGCCGGGAUCCAGUUUGGUGUCCAGGACACGAGUCAAGACCUUGGCCAUGGACACCAUCCUGGCCAAUGCCAGAUUCUUUGACGGUGACCUCUCCAAAGUGCCCACCAUGGCUUUGACAGUUGGAGUAGGCACUGUCAUGGAUGCCAGAGAGGUGAUGAUCCUGAUCACGGGAGCCCACAAAGCCUUUGCUCUGUACAAAGCCAUCGAGGACGGUGUCAACCACAUGUGGACGGUGUCGGCCUUCCAGCAGCACCCCAACACCGUGUUCGUGUGCGACGAGGACGCCACGCUGGAGCUCAAAGUCAAAACAGUGAAAUACUUCAAAGGUUUAAUGCUGGUUCACAACAAGCUUGUGGAGCCCUUGUACAGCAUGAAGGAGAUGGGAGCAGAGAGGAGCCAGUCCAAGAAGCCAUACAGUGAUUAAUGUGCUGGGGCAGUGCUGAACCAGCUGCUGAAAACAGCUGGGACAAAAGGGAAUUGCUGCAGAAACUGAUCUCAUGUUUGUUUUUAAAUUAGCAGAAUGAUCUUGUGGUUCCUUUUAUCCAUUAAAGAGACAGAUGCCAAACACCUGCCUUAAUUAACCAAAGGAGGAUGGGAUCCAGUGUUCUGUGUUCCACAAACUUCUGCCACCAACUCAUUCUCUGAAGGAAGUGAAGAAUGAAUUGUUUGAUCUGUGAACUGGCUGUAAUCACAGACUGAAGGCUGCAGAACUGAAAUGUGAGGAUAAAAAGAAAGCACAAUGUUUCAGAAACAAGUGGGUGAUAACUCUGGGGUGUAUUCCUUGCAAUUAGCACAAGUAUCUCCUGUUAUUGCUUCGUCCUCCAUGAGACAUUCUUACAUUAGAAUCCUGGAAAAGAGGAUUGUCCAGCUGGAGAAGGGAAAGCUCAGAGCUGCACCCACAGCCAGGAGAGGGCAGCAAGAAGAUUAUGGAGCCAGGGGGAAAAGAAGGGACAGUGGGGUGGGAAUGGAGACACAAUGCCCACGUUGCAGAGGACAAAACCCCACUGUGGGAGCAGCCAGGCAGUGGGACAGGGUCCCCACGGGGCAGGUUCCCUCCUGAGGAGGCUGCCACGACCUGACUGCACAAAGCCCUGGCUGAGCCCUGCUUUGAGCCACAUGUUGGACUUGAGACCCCUGAGCAGAAGAGGCUCCAGCAGCAUCCCCCACUGGGGUCCAGGGUGCAGCUCAGGCACCCGAGGCUGUCACUGUUCUCAGGCCCAGGUAUGAUUUGCUGUGCCUGGUGCUCUCUCUUCUCCAGAAUUUUCCAUUUCUCUGAGGAAAAGCCAAACCAGCCCCAAAGGAAACACUCUUGUUCCCACUGGCUUCAGCCUCUGUUUAAUUACAGACACCCCACACAGGUGGACAACAGCCAAGACCCCACCAAUUCUUAAAUGUGACUCCUGGGACUUCUGUCCAAUGCUCUCACACAAGGGGCAAGAAAACUGGGCAACAUUUAUUUUCUUUAUACAGAAGUUUUGUAAGUUGUUGAUCUGUACUGUAACUUUCUUCAGUAAAUGUUUAAUUUUUUAAAGGGU